AUGGUCGUCGAGACCGAUGAGUGUCACGCCACGGCCGCCCCUCCUCUCGGUGGGAGCCCUGUGGCAGGGGCUCCCGAAGGGGUGACGGAGACCAUCGCGGGCAUCGGCGGCUACUCCUGGAGGGCAUCGGAUGUGUCGUCGGUUGCCCGGCCAUCAAUUCAUUCAACUCCAUCUCACCUUGCAGGGAGGCAGGAGGUCAAAGAGAAGUUCUGCGUCACUGGAGAUUUUCAGGGCUUGGGAUUCUUGAAUGGUGAUGUUCGUGGGUACUUAGCAGCUCUAGAUAUCUCUCAGAACAAGUACCCAGAAAGGUUUGUCAAGGCACUUAUGGUCCAUGUGCCCUAUUUCUUAACGAAGGCAUGGAAGACAAUUGACCCAUUUACUCACAAUAAUACCAAGAUAAAGGUUUUGUCUGUGGAUGAGAAGAUUACGAAGGAAAAACAACUUGAAGAGAUUGAUGAGAGUCAACUCCCGGAGAUACACGGUGGAAAGCUGCUUCUGGUUCCUAUUGAAGAUUCCAUCUAG